AUGAUUGAAAUCAUUUUCCUCAACGGCACCUCCAGAGACGACGUCGCCGCUGACCAGCGCCACCGCGCCGAACCGGGCAGUGCGCUCGCUCAGGUCGUGGCGUGGGGUGCUCUCGCCGAGUGCCUCACGUCGGUGUUCUGCCCGAUCGUGAUGGUUGGAGCGCUCGACGUCUCCGCGACCAUUCUCAACAUCUCCGGCGCCUUCCUCGCGGGCAUCGCCCACUCGGCCGACGCCACGCCCUCCGCGCCGCGGCUGCACUCCGCGUGCGCCACCUUCCAGGCCGGCUUUAUCGGCGUCUUCACCUCCUUCACGGUGCUCUUCGAGCAGGCGGCCCGCCUCGACACGUCGCCUGGCUGCGAGAACCGCGCGUGCGGGGCGGGGUACGUCCUCGCGGAGAUGCCUCCUCCGACCUCGCAGAGCCAGCUGUGCUCGUCGGCGUGCGGCGCCAUCUCUGUGUCGGGUGGCCUGGCGCCGGCGCUGUGGGGUCUCUGGCGCGCCGUCCUCCUCAACUUGUCGCUGCACGUGGGCCUCGCUCUUCUUGCCGGCGUGCUCCUCCCGCAGCAGCCGCACUUCGAGGGAGGAUGA